UUAUUGUGGGGCUGUCCUGCCGCCAUUCGGUCACUGCCAAUGUGUGACUGUUUGUAUUCGGUGUUCCAGAGAGCUGCGUUCUCUUCCCAAUCUCGAGGCGAUAGAGGAGGGAGUGUUCAGCACGCUCACCAAGUUACGGUCAAUAUACAUCCUGGACGUGCCUAAGCUCAAGGUCAUACCCCACGGCGUGUUCGACGGCCUUUCGCCCGCUUUCAAGGUUUUGAGGAUAAGUCGGACGGGGUUGAGCGAGAUUCCCCACAUCUCCAGCAUCGGGCCGGACCAAAUCCUGGACCAAAUAGACUUGGAGAGCAACGAGAUACAGACCGUCGCCUCGCAAGCAGUCCGAGUCCGAGCCAACAGCUUACUCCUGGACUACAACGUCAUCGAGGAGGUGCAGGUCGCGGCCUUCAACGGCUCCGAAAUCGCAGAGCUGAGCCUCAAGGGGAAUCGGAAGCUCACGCGGCUCUCUCUCGGGGCGUUCCGGGGGCUCUCCUCACUCCGGAAACUGGACCUGUCCCAAACUUCCAUCUCGGAGCUGCCGACGGAGGGCCUGCGCCACCUGGAGGAGCUGCGCGUGGAGAACACCGACACGCUCACCACCAUACCGUCCGUGUACAACUUUGUGGACUUGAAGACGGCCCGCCUGACGUACGCCUUCCACUGCUGCGCCUUCGCCCACCCGCAGAUCCACGACAUCAACAAGCACGAGGAGCAUCUGCGCAUGGUGGACAACAUCAUGACGGCGUGCCGGGACCUGGAGGCGGGCCGCGUGAGCCCCGAGGUGAUGGCCGAACUGCUCGAGUCCGUCUGGGGGUCGAGGCCGCGCACCCGCCUCGUGCGAGCCGCCCCGGGGGGCGGCUCGGGGGGCGGCUCGGGCGACGGCUCGGGCGCCGGCGAGGAGUACGCCGAGGACGACGCGGCCCUCGGCUGGGGCGACGACGUCUACGAAGACAGAGGCCGGCUGGACGACUGGGGCGUCGACGCGGGCCUCGGCACCUCGCCGCCGCUGCACGUGUUCCUGGCCCCGGAGCACGAGCACGGCGGCGCCUUCGGCGACCUGGUGGACGUGGAGCCCGGGUACGCCUCGGACCAGGCCGACACCCUGGAGCGGCGGGAGCACGCCGACGACGCCGGCGGCCACAACCACGGCGUGUUCCACGACGUGGCCACCCUGCCGCCCAGGAUCCUGCAGGCCAUGUGCGGCAACGUGUCCAAGCACGUGCCGUCGGUGGAGUGCAGCCCCGCCCCCAACGCCCUCAACCCCUGCGAGGACAUCAUGGGCUACCCGUGGCUGCGCGGCCUCGUGUGGCUCGUCGUGCUCUGCACCGUGGCCGGCAACGUGGCCGUGCUGGCCGUGCUGCUGGCGCACGCGGCCGCCCUCACCGUCGCGCGCUUCCUCAUGUGCCACCUCGCCUUCGCCGACCUGUGCAUGGGCCUGUACCUGCUGCUGCUCGCCGCCAUGGACCUGCGCUCGCACGGCGAGUACUUCAACUACGCCUGCGCCUGGCAAGUCGAGAGGGGCUGCAUGGUGGCGGGCUUCCUGACCAUCUUCUCGUCCCAGCUGUCCAUCUACACGCUGUGCGUCAUCACGCUGGAGCGCUGGGUCGCCAUCACGUACGCCAUCGACCUCAACAAGCGGCUGCGCCUGGGCGCCGCCGUGUACGUCAUGGCCGGCGGCUGGGUGUACGCCAUCACCAUGGCGGCGCUGCCCCUGGUGGGGGUCUCGUCCUACUCCAGCACCAGCAUCUGCCUGCCGAUGGACUCGAGGGACGCCCCCGGGAUGACGUAUCUGGUGGUGCUGCUGUUCGUGGCGGCGCUGGCCUUCGCCGUGGUGCUCAUCUGCUACAUCCACCUGUACUUGUCGCUGGGCCACAACACGCUGCACGGCCGCCCCCCAGCCCGGCCGGGGCAGCCGCCGCGCGCCCGCCGCGGCCUCGGCCUCGCCGCCAUGCGGCGGCCGGCGGCCGGCACGGACGAGGGCUCGUGCCGCCGGCGCAAGGAGCUCAGCUUCGCCAACAAGAUGGCCAUCCUGGUGCUCACGGACUUCACGUGCUGGGCGCCCAUCGCCUUCUUCUCCAUGACGGCGCUCGCCGGCGCGCCCCUCAUCUCCGUCACCAACUCCAAGAUCCUGCUCGUCUUCUUCUACCCGCUCAACGCGUGCGCCAACCCCUUCCUGUACGCCAUCACCACCUCGCAGUACCGGCGGGACCUCUGCAUGUUGCUGGCCAGGUUGGGGAUCUGCACGCAGCUCGCGCAUCGCUACAAGCUGGCAUACCACUCCUCGCCCACGUCGCACAACUCCAACAACCAGCCCAUGGCGCUGUGCCAUCGCGGGGGCGGCGGGGGCGUGUAG